UUACGAUACUUUUAAUCCAGUCUACCAUUAUUGUCUAAUUUCAAAAUUGUUGUAGCUAAUAAAAUUUCAAACGCCUAAAAUUCAAAAAAUUCAUCAACACACAUGGAAAAUUCGCAUCCUAUUCAAAGAUUUGUUAAUGUCCUUUACGAUAUUUAUUCAAAAACAUAUUACGAAAGAAAAAUUGCCGAAUAUCAUUGUGAAGCUACAGAAAAAUUACUUCAACUUUCAAAUGAUUCAGAUGAUCGAUAUAUUACAAAUGGCUCUGGGUCAAAAAAGGAAGAAAUAUCAGGAAUAGAAUGUAAUUGUAAACCAAAAGCUAAAGAUAAAACUCUUGAAAUUGAGAAUCAACUUGUUCAAGAUAUUGAAACUGCGAUAAAUAAAGCAAAAACUGUUCGUUCAAACGAUAAAAAAACUGGAUUACCAUAUUUAACGCAAAGUGUAAAACAACAGAAAUCAAGUAUACCACAAAUUUUAUCUGUGCCUAAUUCUACAGCCCGGAGUAUGACUGCAGUGACAUUAAAUAAUGCACCUAAAAUUAAAACAUUGAAUAAAUUUACGAAUAAUCAAAAGACUAGUCUAAGACAAUUCGAUAAGAAUCCUGAAAAUUUACAGAAGAAAAGUUAUUCAUCACAAAAUGGAUAUUCCAAAACUUUGAUUGCCAUGAAAACGAAAUCACUGUCGUCAACGCCUAGUUUAAAAAAUCAAAGUGUAGAACAUUUACCAAACUGUCCUAAAAAUAAGGAUUUGAAAAUUAGCUGUACCAAAACCGAUUUAACAUCAAAAUCACGAGUGUCAUUAGGAUAUCCAGCUAGUUUGGAAUCGAUACGCAUACCUUCGGAAAUUCAACGUGCUUUAAAAUUGUAUUAUAAGUUUGUAAAUGAAAAAGAUACAGUGCCUGUAAAUCGACGAUCUAAGAUUAGAAGUUUAUUUUUACAAAAAUUAGAUGAAGUGAAUUCACGAAACUGGGAAUUAUGGCAAAAAGAAGAUUUUAAAAGUAUAUUUGAAUUAAACGUGUAUAUUAAUACGUACGAAUCACAAGAAGACAAUGUGCCAUCAACAAGUUUAUGCAGAUCUUAUGACAAUGAAAAUUUAAUGUCCGAAAACAUUAAUACCAUUAUUGUAUAA